GGAAGAGGCGCCAGGCCGAGGCGAGGAGCGCCGAGCGGCAGCCCGCGUGACGCGUGGAGAGCCGCCCGGCGGGACGCAGCUGGCAGACCGGCCUGCGCCAGGCUCGGGAGGCCGCCGAGAGAGUCAGGCAGCAGCUGGCGGGGAGUCACCAUGGGGGACGGUGAACUGACAGCCCGGGAGAAGCUUCACCUCGUCACCCGGAACUUGCAGGAGGUUCUUGGAGAGGAUAAAUUGAAAGCCAUCCUGAAAGAGCGGGAGCUGAAGAUUUACUGGGGGACAGCCACAACGGGCAAGCCUCACAUUGCCUACUUCGUGCCCAUGUCCAAGAUCGCAGACUUCCUCAAGGCUGGCUGUGAGGUGACUAUCCUGUUCGCUGAUCUCCAUGCCUACCUAGACAACAUGAAGGCUCCAUGGGAACUUCUGGAAUUGCGUACUCAGUAUUACGAGGCGGUCAUUAAGGCAAUGCUGGAGAGCAUCGGUGUUCCCCUGGAAAAGCUCCGGUUCGUCCGAGGGACCGACUUCCAGCUCAGCAAGGAAUACACCCUGGAUGUCUAUCGACUGUCCUCUGUGGUCACCCAGCAUGAUGCCAAGAAAGCUGGCGCAGAAGUAGUGAAACAAGUGGAGCAUCCCCUCCUCAGUGGUCUUCUCUACCCUGGGCUGCAGGCAUUGGAUGAAGAGUACCUGAAAGUUGACGCACAGUUUGGAGGAGUGGAUCAGAGAAAAAUUUUCACUUUUGCAGAAAAGUACCUCCCGUCCCUGGGCUACACGAAGCGCAUCCAUCUGAUGAACCCCAUGGUGCCUGGAUUGACAGGCAGCAAAAUGAGCUCUUCGGAAGAGGAAUCUAAGAUCGAUCUCUUGGAUCGAAAAGAGGAUGUAAAAAAGAAGCUCAAGAAGGCUUUUUGCGAGCCAGGGAACGUGGAGAACAACGGGGUCUUGUCCUUCAUCAAGCAUGUGCUCUUCCCCCUCAGAUCAGAGUUUGUGAUCCUUAGAGAUGAGAAGUGGGGAGGAAAUAAAACCUACACAAGCUAUGGGGAUCUCGAGAAGGACUUUGCUGAGCAGGUUAUCCAUCCGGGAGACUUGAAGAGUUCCAUAGAGGUGGCCUUGAAUAAGCUCCUGGAUCCUAUCAGAGAAAAGUUCAACAGCUCACAAAUGAAGAAACUUGCCAGCUGUGCAUAUCCUGAUCCCUCCAAAACAAAAUCUGCCAUGAAAGGCUCCACAAAGAACUCCGACGCUGAGGAAGUGGUCCCGUCUCGAGUGGAUCUCCGGGUUGGCAAAGUGCUCAGUGUGGAAAAGCAUCCCGAUGCUGAUGCUCUGUAUGUGGAGAAGAUUGACCUGGGGGAGGCUGAACCUCGUACGGUGGUCAGUGGCCUGGUGGCCUUUGUGCCCAAGGAAGAGCUGCAGGACAGGCUGGUGGUGCUGGUGUGCAAUAUGAGGCCCCAGAAGAUGCGGGGAGUGGAGUCCCAGGCCAUGCUGCUCUGUGCUUUCAGUUCUGGAGAUCCCUGCCAAGCAGAACCCUUGGACCCCCCAGCAGGCUCCUGUCCUGGAGAACGAGUGUUUGUGGAAGGCUUUGAGAAUGGUCAGCCGGAUGAUGAGCUGAAGCCCAAGAAGAAAGUAUUUGAGAAGUUGCAGGCUGACCUCCAGAUUUCUGAGGACUUUGUGGCCCAGUGGAAGGGGAAGAACCUCAUGACUGCCCUGGGGAACCUGACGUGCAAAUCCCUGAAAGGGGGCAGCAUCCGCUAGAGCCCCCCCCCGCCCCCCUCCUGCCCGCCUCUGCUCCUCCCAUCAGUGAUCUUCUUCACGCAGCUGCCCUUGACCCGAGGAAUCAUGAACCGGCUGGGACUCCGGACUUCUGCCUGGUGGGGAAGGACUCCCGCUCCCAGCAAUGACGGGCCCUGGGAUUCCUCCUCUCCCAGCCCGGCCAAUGCCUGUCUGUGUUGCGGUCGCUUCCUUGCAUUGACUGGUGACGGUGACAAAAAGCUGCUGCUUGUCCAAUCCAGCAGAACAAGAUUCCCCCACCCCACCCCACCCCCAGCUGAUCUUCCCUCUGCGGGGAGUUGCCUCCCCCAAACGGCCGGCGCAGCCUUCCAUUCCAUUCCAUGCGGCUGAUGGGAGAGGCCUUGCUGUUGCUCCCCUGCUGCUGCUGCCGCUUCCGGGCUAGGGAAGAAGAGCUUGGCCAGAGGAGCAGAGCAGUUGGGCCUGUCGUGCAUCGUUGUCCUGUGUGUCUCGAAAUACAGCGCUCCCUUUCCAGGUGAACUGGUCGUGCCUUGGCUUGUUCUGUAAACCAGGUUGCCAGACUUGGGCACCCCCAGCUGUAAAUGAUGAGUGGUGGUCCAGCUAUAAAAACUUGAUCCAGUUUCUGGGCAAAAGACACAACACGAUUUUGUUGCUUCUAGACCAGAGGUCCCCAAACUCGGCCACUUUAAGACUUGUGGACUUCAAGUCCCAGAAUUCUCCAGCCAGCAAACUGGGAGUUGAAGUCCUCAAGUCUUAAAGUGGCCGAGUUUUGGGACCUCUGGUCUAGUGGGAUAGAGGUGUGGAAGCUGCUUAUUAAAAGAAAUGCUCAAAAGCUUU